AUGAGUGCACAGAACAGUGCAGCAGGUGGCCUGGGCGACCAGGCCGUCUUGAACCAGAUCCUCCUGGGCAUCUCGGACCUGCGCCGCGAGGUUCACAAGGUCACGGACCGUAUCGAGUCCCUCGAGCUCCAGCAGGCGCCGACGACGCCGACCAUGUCGCUCUUCUCGCCGAGCAUCUCGCCCGCGAAGCGCACCUCGUACGCCGCGCAUCAGUCGUCGCUGCACGGCUGGAAGCCGGAGCAGAACCGCGCUUCGCAGCCUUCGGUCGCUCAGACCGUGCCGCCCCAGCAGGCGCCCGUAUCCCUCAAGGCUACCGACCCGAACCUCGGCCUCUGGGUCGUGGUGCCGGCCGGUGGUGCGGGCACGCGUCUCUGGCCGCUGAGCCGUGAGAGCUGCCCCAAGUUCUUGCUGGAUCUCACCGGCCGCGGUCGCACGCUGAUUCAAAACACCUUUGACCGUCUUCUGCCGCUGUCGGGUGUCGACAAGUUUAUGGUGGUGACCGGCAAUGCGCACGUCGACGCCGUGUCGGAGCAGCUUCCUCAGCUCGUUCCUGGCAACGUCUUUGCGGAGCCGUCGCCGAAGGAGUCGAUGGCUGCGAUCGGUCUCGCGGCCGCCGUCCUGAUGCGCCGCGACCCCGACGCGGUGCUCGGCUCCUUCGCCGCGGACCACAUCGUGUCGGGCCGCGACGCGUUCGAGUCCGCUGUGCGUGAGGCCGUCGCCGUCGCCCGCGAGGGCUUCUUGGUGACGAUCGGUAUCGCGCCGUCGUACCCUUCGACCGGAUUCGGCUACAUCAAGCUCGGCGAGAGCCUCGAGCUGGAAGGCGCGCCCAACGCGCACAAGGUGCUCGAGUUCAAAGAGAAGCCCGAUGCGCGCACCGCGAGCGCCUACCUCUCCACCGGUGAGUACCGCUGGAACGGUGGUAUGUUCGUCGUCAAGGCCAAGACGCUCUUGACCCUGCUCGAGAAGAACGUGCCGGAGCUCUACGCCGGCCUCAACACCAUUGCCGACGCGUGGGACACGCCCAGCCGCCAGCUCGUGCUCAACGAGACCUGGCCGCUGCUCCCCAAGAUCGCUAUCGACCACGCCGUCGCGGAGCCCGCGUCCAGGGUCGGCAAGGUCGCUGUCGUCCCGGCGACCUUUGGUUGGGACGACGUCGGAGACUUUGCCUCGCUCUCGGACCUGCUCCCCGCCGAGAAGAACGAGGCACGUGUGCUCGGCGACCCCUCGCUCGUGAUCACCGAGGGCCAGGUCGGCGGUAUCGUGGUGCCCGCGUCCGGCCGCCGCAUCGCGUGCCUGGGUAUGGACGACGUGGUGGUCGUCGACACGCCCGACGCGCUCCUCAUCACGACGCGUGCGCGUUCGCAGGAUGUCAAGAAGAUCGUGGGCAAGUGCAAGAAGAACUUCCCCGACCUUUGCUAA